AUGAUGAAGCACCCGUUUCAAUCUGUCGCUGUAGAUUCAAGCACAUCAUGUAUAUUCGGUGCUUUCAAAAAUCAUAUUCGUGUCUUCAAAGUUGAUAGAAAGCCGACUUCAUCUGUACCAUCCUGCACACCAGUUGGAUCUUGGGACGAUGAGGUGAUACCUAACUAUCAACAGACAACAGAAGUGAAGAAGCAAGAAGGAGGAGAUGCCGAAGCUGAAGUGAAGACUAAGAAAGCAAAGAAGGCGAAGAAAAGCACUACAGUAGUGCCACAACCUACAUUUUAUAUCCGUACCCUAGAUAUAUUCUCUGACAAGUAUUUGGUUGCAACCACUGAUAAUGAUAAGUCUAUCGUAAUUUUCGAAAUAGAUUAUUCUAAGCCAAAUUGUCUUGUAUUGUUAAAGCGUCAACCAAUGCCCAAGAGGCCAUGCUCAGUGAGUAUGGACUCCAAUCUCCAAAAUGUUGUGGUGGCUGAUAAGUUCGGUGAUGUGUACACCAUCCCCACUGUAGGCGAGUUACUCCAAGAUGAGAAGACCAUGAAUCCAAUUUUGGGCCACGUUUCUAUGUUGACUGAUGUCCUUAUGACUGAAAAGAAUGGUAAACAGUUUAUACUCACUGCUGAUAGAGAUGAGCAUAUUAGAGUUUCUAACUAUCCUAAGUCUUACGUAGUUAAACAAUGGCUCUUUGGGCAUAAUGAGUAUGUCUCGAGUAUGCACAUUCCAAACUCAUCUCCUGAUUUACUUGUUAGUGGAGGUGGUGAUGACUUUAUAUGUUUAUGGAACUGGUAUGAAGGUAAAUUUAUAGACAAAGUGGAUCUUAGAGAGCAUUUGAAUCCAUUUUUCAAAGACUUUCAUAAUGCACCUGAAAGGUUUCUUACCGAGAGCUCUGUGCCAGAGAUUUCUGUUUCUAAAAUAUUGUCUCUUUUGGAUGGUUACAUUAUUGUACUCGUUGAAAACGUUAACAGUUUACUAGUGCUUAAGAUAGAAAACAAAAGUAAAAUAGUUUUCAAACAAGCCCUUACUUUGCACAACCCAUUAGUUGAUAUUUCAGUGUAUAACGAUUCUCUGAUUGUUGGUUCUAACGAUGCCGAUGAAGGUGAUCUCGUUAGCAUAUUUGAAUUAGAUAAUGGUAUCUUAAAACCUACAGAUAUUUCGUUAGCUGGUAUCGAAAGUAUUGAAGUUGAAUCGAGAAAAGAAGUUAGUUCAUUGUGGUACGUCAAUUCUUUAAGAAAGAGAUCUGAACAUUAA